GAAGCACUCAACAUUUACCGAGGCUGUGACUGAGGGAGAGGAUAUGGAGGCAAAGUUUACUCUCUUAACACAUUUCUCACAGAGAUACAGUAAAAUACCACUGCUGGAUGAAAUUCAAGGUAAAGAGAAUGUUGGAAUAGCAUUUGACAAUAUGGUGGUGAAUCCUGUUUCUAUGAGAACCAUUCCUGGUUUAUAUCCAGCACUCAAGAGGAUAUUCCACAGUGAGGUGAGGGAGAUGGAGGAGAAGACACUGAUACUUCACUUCAACAACGUAGAGAAAACACAAUGCCAAACAUGA